CCUCUUUCAGCAAGGUAUAAAUUCAUCCAAUGCCCAAGCAGGUUGUGGACAUUAAGAAUUUCCUCGAAAUCACCCGCAGAAAGGACGCCACUUCUGCUCGUGUCAAGAAGAACGGUGACAAAUACAAAUUCAAGGUUAGAUGCUCUCGCUAUUUGUACACCCUCGUUGUUAACGAUAAGCAAAAGGCUUUGAAGCUUAAGCAAUCUCUUCCUCCUGCUCUCAGUGUCCAAGAACUUUAAAUUGAUUCAUUGAUGUGUUCAGUAUUGCCUUGUAUUUUUCGUUCACUGCUAUUCAGAACUUGUAAUAAAUGCUGAAAGUGGACUAUAUGUCAAUACAUCUAUUUCUUCAAGUCAGUGAUUACAGUUAUCAACUUUUUACAAUAUGUUUGAGUUUGGGGUGGAGGUUUUUGAAUCAAGGCUUCAAAAUCAGCCACUG